CCUUAGGUAUUCUUUGGCCAAGCGAACAAGAACCUGCUCUUUUGUGACAGAUAUAAACUAGCGAAAAAUUUCCAAAUCAGGUACUUUGUAUCAUCUUCGAAAUCGUAUAUGCGAUUUUCUGCAAUACAGUAAGAAUGCUCUUUUAAGAAGGUAAUAAGCUUAUGUUCACUAGUCAUAAGCUAUUCCAAUUUCCUGGAGAUCAGAUGAGUAGAAAUAAGCAACCAAUAACGUAAAUAACUUUAACUUGUGAAAUAAUUCUUUACUGAGAUGAACUAAGUUAUAACAGACUAUCUCACUUAAACUGAGGAAGACUUUUAUUAACCCUAUUUGUGUAACGGAAGGCUUUAUUAAAUUGUUUAGUCUUUAUCCAUUACGGAAUGUCCUAUUUAAAUUUCAAAGACAUAUUCGUUCAAGGGUAGGAGAGGUAAUAAAACUCUCUUACGUAUACUCAACUAUAUAAACCUGCAUAUUAUAAAACCCUGCCAAUAUAAAGUAAAUUGCUUUCAUUGUAAUGGAAAAAAUAUAGAGAGUGCUUUUAAAAGGUUACUUCCAUGCAGAUUUUAUUCAUAUAUUAUCCUAAUACGAAAAAUAAAUGUGGAUGGAAAUGAUAAAAAAAAAAUUAUUUUCUUUGGAGCAGACAGUAAGCAGAAUAUGUUUCCUGAAUGGUUUAUAUUAUUAUUAAACUAUUCAUGCAGUGUGUGUUAAAUGCUUCCUGACAGAAGGAAGAAUUAUUGAAGACAAUAUAAUUUUAUGUGACAGUAACAUUCUAUGUUAGAACACUACCAGCAAAUAGUGUCUGUGUAAUGUGUGUCAUAGUGGUAAUGAUGUUCUAACGCACAAGUAAUUUCAUACAAAGAAAUUUAAUGUUUGUAGUUUAUGUGCUUUUGAGUUUCCAAGUGUAAUAAGUAGUUUCUUAGUACACUGGCAGUGUAUGUGAUAUAGUUUUCUAAAACAAACAAGAGUGGCCAAUAGUUAAUACUUUUUUAUAUUAGCUAGAAAUUUAUUUCUUGCAGUACAUGUAAUCAGAAUUUUUUAUUAAAUUGUUGAAAUUUUUCUGCUUUUAGUUGAGAUACUUAGCUCAUGCAGCAUGGGCGAAAAAUGUUUUUCUCAGGAAAGUAAGCUUAUUGAACAUAGUGUUAUUCAUCCUGUAAGAAAAGCUUAUUCUUGUAGUAUAUGCAAUAAAAGUUUUUCGUGUACAGGUAAUCUAACUUCACACUUUCGUACUCAUACUGGUGAUAAACCGUAUUCUUGUAGUGUAUGUACUAAGAGAUUCUCACGAAGAGAUGCACUUACUGAACACAGUCAUGUUCACACUGGCGAGAAACCUUAUCGUUGUAGUGUAUGUAAUAAGAAUUUUUCAAAUAGAAGUACACUGACUGGCCACCAACGUGUUCAUACUGGUGAGAAACCAUUUUCUUGUAGUAUAUGCAAUAAGAGUUUUUCACGAAGAGGUAUGCUGACUAUACACAGGCGUGCUCAUACUGGGGAGAAACCUUUUUCUUGUAGUAUUUGUAAUAAGAGUUUUUCAGAGAGAGGUGCACUGACUAUACACGGUCGUGUUCAUACUGGUGAGAAACCGUAUUCUUGUAGUGUAUGUAAUAUGAAUUUCUCGCGAAAAGAUACACUUACUGGGCACGAACGUGUUCAUACUGGGGAGAAACCUUUUUCAUGUAGUAUAUGUAAUAAGAGUUUUUCAAAAAGCUGUAAUAUGACUGAACACCGUCGUGUGCAUACUGGUGAGAAACGUUUUGUGAGAAACUUUUCUUGUAGUAUAUGUAAUAAGAGUUUUUCAGGAAGUGGUAAACUGACUAGACACAGUCGUGUUCAUACUGGUGAGAAACCUUAUUCUUGUAAUGUAUGUAAUAAAAGAUUUACACAAAGAGAAACACUUACUGCCCAUAGUCGUGUUCAUACUGGGGAAAAACCUUUUUCUUGUGAUAUAUGUAAUAAGAGUUUCUCAAAAACUGGUUUACUGACUGCACACAGUCGAGUUCAUACUGGGGAAAAACCUUUUUCUUGUAGUAUAUGUAAUAAGCGUUUUUCAAAAAGAGGUUAUUUGACUGAACAUAGUCGUGUUCACACUGGUGAGGAACCUUAUUCUUGUGUUAUAUGUAAUAAGAGAUUUUCAGAUAGAUCUCGUCUCACUAUACACAGUCGUGUUCAUACUGGUGAGAAACCUUAUUCUUGUGUUGUAUGUAAUAAGAGUUUUUCACAAAAAAGUAGUCUGACUAAACACAUUCUUGCUCACGCUGUUUAGAAGCUAUAUUCUUGUAUUUGUAAAGAUAAUAUGUUACAUAAGGACUGUCCAGGUAAUUGCACUUGUAUUCAUACCUAUGAAAAACUUCAUUUUGUAGUAUAUGUAAAAAGAGUUCUUUUCAAAAGGCUGAUUUCUGUUUGUAUUCACAUUGGUGAGAAAACCUUUUUGUUGUAGCAUAAUGUAAUAAGAGUUUUUAUCUCAAAAAUGUUCUCUUACUUAACAUAAUCUUUUUCAGAAAAAUGAUACACCAUAUUUUAGAAGUAUAUUUUGAAAGAGUUUCCAAUAAUACUGAUCUAAAUGUUUACAUUACCAUUAGAGUUCAUACUUGUGAGGUAUGUUAUUCUAGUAAUAUAUGCAAUAAGUGUUUCUCAACAAGAAAUAAUCUUACUAAUCCAGUGUUUUCAUUACAGAAAAAAAAUGGGGGAGAAUUUCUCACCCUUUCUGAAAAACAGAGUGAGAUUUCAAAAAAAUAACACAAAUAUUUCUAAUAAAGAAAAGAAUAAAAAAAGGAAUAUUUCUUUAAUUAUAAUACAUUUUUAACAUCUUCUAAUUUCCAAACCAUUGAAUAUUUUUGCUGCAUCAUCAUAUGGAAAAUGUUCUAUAUCUACUUUUUCAUCAGCAAUUCUCAAUUCUCAUUGGGUUGCCCAAAUGCUCAUCAGUCAAUCUGUUACAAUAUUUUGUUUUAAUUCGGUUUUGGGUGGUAAAUGACCUUGCAACAGAUGCUGAACUAUUCGGAAUGACUAAUUAAAUUUGUAGCAUUGUGCACACACUUUCCUAUCCUCUACAUCUGCCAGCAUAGGCUUCUCAAUUAUUUCUGUUUUAGAAUAGUGAAGUUCGUUGAAGUUAUUUCCAUGUUCUUACUUCUUGUAAGGUCUUCCAGCUUAGUUUUCACAGACUUCAACUUUUACAAAUUGCUGUAAAUUGUCGGUGCAAACAACUUAUUAUAAAGGACAAAUUUUUUUUUCAACACUUGUCGUAGCUGUUUUCACGUCUUUUUCGGAAUGGCGGAAUAAGAAAUCGUUUUCCGAAAUUCGAGAGAUUUGUGCAUUUUAAAAUUGAUUAAUAGAGUGUGCGAAUUCUUCGUGUUAAUCAUUUUUUAAUCUGAGAAAUGAAUAAAAUGUGCGAGAAAUGCCCUGUAGUGAAAACAUUGCUAAUUAUAGAUUUAUUGAUCCUGGUGAGAAACAUUCUCGUCGUAUAUGUCCAAAGAGAUUUUCCUUUAACUUACUAACCAUAUUCCGACUCGUACUGGUGUAAGUUAUGAAUUGUUGCAGCAUGUGUAAGAAUAGAUUUUUACUGUGUAUUAAAAUGACUGAGCAAUGUCUUUUCUAGACAGUCAUUCUAUUUUGUAUUUAUUCAUAAGCAAUGCCUUUAAAAUAAACUUUAAUGUAGAAAAGUUAAGAAUUUAAAUUUAAAAAAAAAAAAGCUUUACAAACAUAUUUUAUUGGAACUUGGAUGCUGGAUAACAUUACUUAACCACCAGUUAUACUGGUCAAAAUCAUAAAUUGUUAUUUAUUCUCUCACCAUUAGUGUCCUAAGUUGAAGGUAAUAUUCGGUAUUUUUCCAGAAAAAUUUCAAAUGCAAUUUUAUAUGAAAAUAUCAUGCAGUUUUAUUUACUUAAUGAAUCCUUUGUAGCACACAUUGUAUAAUUAAAAUUUUUUAUAUUUUUUGCCUAUUAUUUUGAAUUCCAAUUAGUUACAAAACAAAAUUUAACAGCCCCUAAUUAUAACAAAAUAUUUUACAUUAUAAUUAAAGGGGAGAAGAUUUAAGUUGUUAAAAGUAAAUUUGGUUUUAUUGCAAUCAUGAAAGCCUUAGAGAAAGUGGUUAAGAUUGUUUCAUAAAAUCUAUUUCUUGUUUUUCAAUCCAUAGAUUUUCCACUUGUUCACUAUUUUCGAAAUCUCAUUUUAAUGUAAACAAAAAUAUUGCUUUAAUAAAUAUUAUGACAGUCAUUGAAAACAUUCAUUAUUAUGACAGUCAGAAAGUUUUACUUAUCAUACAUUUUUUAAAUUGCAUUUUAACGUUUUUGAACCUAUAUUCUAUCAAACUUAUGAAGAAUGCAAAAGAUUACUCAAACUGUUAAAAAAUAAUCAAAAUUAGUAAAUCAUAAUUCACUUUUUUUUUUAAUUCCAAAAACUAAUUAAGUUUAUUAAGAAACAAUGCACCUCAAAGUCCAAAAUAAUUAAGUUUAAUAAAUAAAUAUGCAAAUGUUUUUAAUGUGCCAUUUUAAAUAGCUGCCCAGUUCAUAAAUAUUCCUUAAAUAACUUUUUUGUUGUAACGUCUUCAUGUAUAAGUGUGAGAUAUUAAUUUGUAGUUCUUUUCUUAUAAUGGUUCAGCACAUUUUCAAUAUUUUGUUAUAAAUAUUUCUACUUUUUCUAUAUACGGUUAAAAUAAAAGGCACUUUAUUUAAUUCUAUACUUAUACUGUGUAUUAUGACAUAGUAGAUACAGAAGUAAAGUUUCGAAAAAUUGUCAGAUGUCUUUUAAAAUUUAUUAUUUUUAGUACAAUUUCGAUAUUUUUUACAAAAUAUUUCAAUUUUUUUUGUUUACAUUCAAUUAAAAUAAAAUGCCUUUACUUUAGAAUUUCAUUUGCCAGUUUGUUAAUGAAAUAAGUUUUAAAAGUUUGUAACACACAUUCUAUAAAAUUUAUUUCUUAUUUUUUAAGAAUUUUUUGAAAACAAAUUAGUGUUGUAGCAAUUAUAAUGAUGUUCAUGUGAAGUGAUUAACCCUCAUAUUUUAUGUAAAGUGUGGAUGUUCAGCUUUUUUUGCCAAUCACAUUUCUAACGUUGAAUAACCUAGCUUUUGUUGAGUAUGUAAUAAAAUAUCGUUACAAAAUGGA